AUGGCUGUCAAAAGAUUGACCGCGAAAUGACUGCCAAAUUACUAUGGAGAUAUUUUUUUUGAUAGCAUCACGUUGGAAAUGGAAAUUGCUGAAAUAUCUUUAAGUUGUUAAAAUGGGGGAGGUUCCUGUGAAAGUUGCCGUCAGGGUUCGUCCCUUGGUUGGUCAGGAAAAGGUUCAUAAUGUUCCUCAGUGUGUGCACUUCAUUCCAGAUAAACCUCAGUUAAUCUUGGGUAAAGAUAGAGGCUUCACAUUUGAUUAUGUAUUUCCUCCAAAAACAACUCAGGCAGAUGUUUAUGACAAGUGUGUGGAGCCUCUUGUUAAGAGCUGUAUGGAGGGAUAUAAUGCCACAGUCUUUGCAUAUGGUCAAACAAGUUCGGGGAAGACUUACACAAUAGGUGGAACUAACAGUGCUGGUCUUUUGGAGGAGGAGUACGGCAUUAUUCUCAGGGCUGUUAAGCAGCUGUUUCAGAUUAUGGAGGAAAACAAGCAUAAAACAGCAUUUGUGGUGACUGUGUCCUAUAUUGAAAUUUACAUGGAGGAGCUGAGAGACUUGCUUGAUGUGGACACGUCAAGCAAAGAUAUCUAUGUGAGAGAAGAUGAUAAGGGAAAUACAGUAAUUGUAGGUGCCACUGAGCAACCCGUUCACACAGCAGAUGAAGUGAUGAGCUGUCUUGACUCAGGAUCGGCUGGACGACAGGUUGGCACAACAAACAUGAACGAACACUCCAGCCGAUCACAUACAAUAUUCACUCUUUACAUUGAGCAAAAGCCUUUGAUUGAAGAAGAACAAGUUGACGAUUUUACAGACUACAAGUACGCCAAAUUUCACUUUGUUGAUCUUGCUGGUUCAGAGAGAGCCCAUCGAACAGGGAAUGUGGGAGAGAGGUUUAAAGAGUCUGUCUUCAUCAACAGUGGAUUGUUAUCCCUGGGUAAUGUCAUUAGUGCCCUUGCAGACUCCAAAAAGAAGGUGAUUCACGUGCCUUACAGGGACAGUAAAGUAACACGGCUUUUAAAAGACUCUUUGGGCGGUAAUUCUAGGACUCUGAUGAUAACAUGCCUGAGUCCUUGUGCCGCAGACUUUGCUGAAAAUUUAAACUCUCUGAAGUACGCCACAAGGGCCAGAAACAUCCGGAAUAAGCCAAUAGUGAAUCGAGAUCCGCAGAACACAAGACUGGCUGAGAUGCAGAAUGAAAUACAAGCACUCCGUGAGGAACUGCAAAGGCGCCGUGGCUCGUCUGUAGGGUCGGGUGGGACAGUGGAAGAUGCCGAGCGAAUCAAGUCUCUGGAGGACGAGUUGGAGAGGUCUCGUGGCGCGUGUGACACAUACAAACAGCUUAUCGUCGACGCCUUAAGCCAAUUAAAAGCUUUGCAUAAGGCUGGCGUGAUGUCAAACAACCAGGCUAACCAGUUUGACCGGUUGGUCAAAGCCGUAGAACAGGUGAAGUCUAGACCAAUAUGGACCCCAAACACUGCUCGACAGCAGCAAGCCGAUCUGGUGGAACACCUUAAAAAAGAACUGAACAAGUACAAGGAAGAUUUGUCAAGCGAUGAAGAAAUCUUCGCGGAGAAAACAAAGGAGAUCGAAUCACUUAAGGAAAACGUGCGCAAGCUCGAAGAGGAGAAAGCUAAACUGAUCAACCAGCUACAAGAAACACAAACUCGCUUGAAAAAACACGAAGAUCAACUGUUCCAACAGCAGCUGCAGCUUAAUCAACUCCUUCUUUAUCAAGGAAUUUCUCCAGUGGACAAAAUGGUCCUCUCCAGUCCUCGAGGAACCCGUGUACUAACCGCUCCGUUAGUUCAAGAUGGGACUGGGCCAGAAAAUGACCGAGAAGUACACAGCAGCCCCCCCGUGUUUGUAGUGGACCGAAUUAUACAAGACUUCAGAGCCCGCAGUCAGUUGCUGGUCAGCCAACACGAGGAAGAAGACGAGGUGGUGUGUACAUUGUCAGAUACAAGCGAGAGUGAAGACGAGGCUGAUGAGGAACCUUCAAGAGCGUUAGGCAAAACAUGGAAUAUCAAGAGAGACGGUCCAAAAAUACCUCACGUGCCUGCCAUUCCAAGACAACAGAAUACCUCAAAGAAUUUAAGCCACGCCAAAACCAAGGUUCCCGCGAUAGAAGUAGUUGAGUCGAAGGACAAAGGGUCAAAACCAGACACCGCAGAACGCAACGAGGUAGAAGCACUUCGCUCAAGCACUCAGGUGAUGGGGAAGGAAGUCAAGCAAGUGGAACUUAGACUUCACUCGGCUGAACAGAAACUCAGAGAUUUAAAUAUCAACAUCAGACAAAAGGAGGAACUAAUUAAAGAACUUGCGAAGAGCGACAAGGAAGCUAAGGAAACGAAGAAACAAUUCUCCGAAAAAGUCAAGUCCAUGAAGCAAGAACUGGAAAAGGCUAAGAAGGAGUUGGAAGACAGUAAGAAAACUCUAGAAGAAUACGAAUCUAAGGCUAAUUAUGAAGUGUCCGAGAAACAGAAAGUCGAGGCGGAGUACAAGAAGAAGUUACAGACUGUGGAAACCAAGCUACAGGCCUUGAAACGAAAACAGAAGGACAAUGAGAAAAUAAGCGCCCUGCACGAGGAAAGAGAAAAGAAAGUUCAGGAGCUUGAAGUGCACAUCGAUAGAAUGAGAAAUCAACAAGAUCAACUUCACAAGAAGCUCAAGGAGGAGGCUGACAGGAAAAUCAAAAUGGAAAGAGACAUGCAGAAACAGCAGCAGAAGAUUAAAGAACUGGAAGAUCACAUGAAUCAGCAGCAGAAAGUACUCAAAAGAAAAACAGAAGAAGUUGCAGCUGCGCAGCGGCGACUGAGGAAUGUUGGCAAACAUGGAUCUGAAGAAAAAGAAAGCGACGAACAAGCGAAACUAGACCAACGCCGCCAGUGGCUGGACAAUGAAGUAGAGAAAGUACUAAGGAGAAAGGAAGCCAUGGAAACUUUAGCGGAGGAGCUGAAGAAACGAGAAGCUAUUGUACUGAACAAGGAGGCCUUGUUAGCCGAGAAGAGUGAGCUAGAAAUAAAGAAACUUCGUUCCAGUCAAGUACUUAGUAAGGACAUACUUCGGUUGUCUUCCCAACUUGGAGAGGUCGAGAAACAGAUCAAGCAAAAAGGGAAAAACGUCGAUGAAACGGAUGCCCCGAAUCCAACUAAAGUAGAAGAAAGCAUUCACUCACUGGAAAGAACAAAGGAUGAACUCUUGAAGCAACGAGAGCUUCUGGAACAGAAACUUCAAGAAGGCUCCUUAUUGGAUCCCAAGGAAGAAAGAAGGCUUAUCGAACUGGACGAAGGUAUCGAUGCUCUAGAAGCCGCCAUUGAAUUUAAAAACGAAGGAAUUGCAAACAAACAAAAAGAACUAGAUAGCGGCCAACUUCUAACCGACAAGGACCGCGAGGGACUGGUGAACAAGCUGAGUAACCUCUCGCCAGGGGAAGCCACUUCUCUGUUGUCAAAGUAUUUUGAGAAAGUUGUCGAGCUGCGGGGAAAUGAAAAGAAGCUAGAGUUGAGAUGCAGUGACCAAGAGGUUCGUAUAAACGAGCAAGAGAGGAUUAUCGGUGAACUGGGUCGAGGAUUACAGCAAGCUGAAAUGAAGGGAGACCGGAGACUAGUAGAAUAUCAAAAGAAAUACGAGCAAAGGAUCCAGUUCUUAAUGAACAAACUGCGUGAUGCUGAGUCAAACGAGGCACCAGAUCAGAGAAUAAUCGAACUUGAGAACAGGACCCAGCAGCUGGAGAAAGAUCUCUAUUACUACAAGAAGACAAGCCGAGAGCUGAAGAAAAAAUUACGGGAGAAAAUGGCUUCUGGAAUGGGUACGAGUUUAGAGUCAGAUGUCAUAGCAGCCAGCGGUGAACUGGAAGCUCAGUACAAGAGCAGUGACGCACAUGGCAAGCAGUUAGUAACUGAGGUUAAAAGAAUGAAGCAUUCUCUCGCUGAAAAGGGAAUAGGCGUACCCUCACAAGCAUCCACUCCAGUCCGAGUAUCUCGUAAAGAUCUUCGACAGAUGAGUUCUCAGGAGGUGUCCCUGCGUAGAUCCCAGACUUCUGUGGCAAGCACGGUCCCCGAGUUACCAGGUCUAUCGGACAGACACAACUUGGUAGAGGAAUCCCCCGACGACCUAGUGCAGGAUUCCAUUGAACAAAACAAGAAUCCAUGGGCUUAAAGACGCGAAGUCAAAAAAUCAAACAGAAGUU